UAAUGGAUUCUGCAAUAGGGACAUACAUUUGUUAAACUAUUGAUUGUAGUAAACCUGCAACUUUGCAAUGUCCAACUUGUAUCAAAAUGGCUUUAGCUCCAGCAUACUUUUGUGAUUAAGAAUGCUUUAAACGAUAUUGGCCAAUCCAUAAGACUUUUCAUAAAAAAUAGGAAGAAUAGGAUGAUUAGAAAAAUAAGUUUAAAUUUACAGGGCCAUUAAGACCAGGUAAAAUAUCUGCAAGACUAUUUGUUCCUGAUCAUAUAAAAAAGCCUGAAUGGUAUUAAAGUGGAUAGCCAACAGAGGAAAUGAAAAGUAAACUUCAACAAAUAGUUGAUUGUAAGACUGCUGAGGAUAUUUAGAAGAUGAGAGAAUGUGCAGUAAUAGGUAUAUUAGUUAUUCUUAAUAUUUUGUUAAGGAAGAGGUGCAUUAGAUGCUGGUCAUGCAGCUGUAAAAGCAGGAGUAACAACUGAUGAAAUAGAUAAGAUUGUUCAUAAAUAUAUAAUUGAUCAUGAUGCUUAUCCAUCCCCAUUAAAUUAUAAUGGAUUUAAAAAGUCAUUAUGUACAUCUGUUAAUGAGGUGAUUUGUCAUGGUAUUCCUGAUGAUAGGCCAUUGGAAAAUGGAGAUAUUGUUAAUCUUGAUGUCUCAGUCUAUUUUAAAGGUUUUCACAUCGAUUUGAAUGAAACAUAUUUUGUAGGAGAAGUGAGUGAAUCAUCUAAGUUCCUUGUUGAAAAAGCUUAUAAUUGUUUAUAAAAAGCAAUAGAAAUAUGUAAGCCAGGGACAAUGUAUAGAGAUGUUGGAAAUAUCAUAGAAAAAUACAUAACUGAAAAUGGAUUGGCUGUUAAUCGUACAUAUUGUGGUCAUGGAGUGGGUUAAUUAUUUCAUUGUGCUCCAACGUAAAUAAUAUUCAUUAAAAUAGUAUUCCACAUUAUGGAAAAAAUAAAGCUCCAGGAUUUAUGAAACCUGGACAUACAUUUACUAUAGAACCUAUGAUUAAUUAAGGAACUCAUUAAGAUAUUCUUUGGACAUUUGAUAAUUGGACUGCUGUAUUAAUUUUAAGAUUAUCAUUAGGUUACUGCUGAUGGAUAACGUUCUGCUUAAUUCGAACAUACUCUUUUGAUAACUGAAGGAGGAUGUGAAGUUAUGACAGCUAGAUUACCAACUUCACCACCUCUAGAUUUUAAAAUAUGAGUAAUAUAAUAUUUGUUGCAAAUAAAUUCG